AUGAAGUCUCGCAGCUCCUCCUCCUUCGACUCACAUUUAGCAGCCGAAUCGGGCGUUAAGGGCAAGGACGAAAAAUCAAUGCCAUGCUUCUUCAUACGACUUUGGAACUUAUUCAACAGCGAUCCAAAAUUCAUAACGCCAGCAUUACCAUCACGCGCAGCAGCAGCAGCCGAUGCAUUUUUACGCAGCAACCUUCGCUCUGCAGGUGACAGAACGCGCUCGAAACCCUCUUCGUCGACCAAGUCAGUCGACACUGACGAUGUAGACUGUCUUCUCGAAUCAGAAAACAUACUUGUAGAUUCGCCCAAAAAUACGCUGGAUCCGAAAUUGGUGCUUAAUGUAGCACUACUAACAUUCUUAAGUGGCAAACGGCCACCAACCACACCCCCUACGUUAUAA